AUUCUUUACGAAACGUCCCUCUGGUGAGUCACGGCCCCCGCUCGUCCCCGGCCGAGCUCAGCGGCUCCAACCCACGGCUGCUGCGGGAACGAAAGACAUCCGCUCCUUCGCACUCAAGCCAGCCCACCCUCUUCACUUUUGAGUCACCGUCUAGCCAUAUCCGGACCACGCUUUCCACCAGCGCUCCUCAGGAUUAUCUCUUUCUACACCAAUGCAUGAGCCAGAAAUCAGAAAAUACCAGGAGCGCCAGCUUCUCUCAAGCCACCCGCUUCUUCAUGAGGAGCGACCCCUCGGUUCAGAAGGCGUCUCAGGAGAACGGCCACUGCGUCAACGGGGUGGGGGGCGGGCAAGUCCACGGUUUCUACAGUUUGCCCAAACCAAGCCGGCACAACUCGGAGCUGAGGGACAGCGCUUACGACUUGCCCAGGAGCUUUGGCUGCUACGCCUACACCAAGUCGAGCCUCACCGGCUCGGAGACGUCGGAUAGCGAGGAGGUCUACACCUUCAAGACCCCCAACAGCACCCUUUGCAAAGAGUUCGGGGAACUUUCCACCGACUCCUACGACGUUCCUGGCACCCCUGUCUCCAUUUACCAGAUUCCACGGACCUUCACGCUCGACAAGAACCACAACGCCUUGGCAGUGGCUUCGAGUGACACGGGGGCAGUGCCUCCGCCGAGACCUCCCAAGCCGGGGCAGGCCGAAUCCCGCUGGGGCAGCCCCCAACAACGCCUGAUGGACGGCGAAGGCCUCAGUGCGAGCCCAGUAGUUACCACCAUUCCCCGAAGGAACACGCUGCCAGCAGUGGAGAACUGCCGGUUACACCGAGCUUCUUCCUGCGAAGCCUAUGAAUAUCCCCAGCCCAGCGUCAGCAGCACAGGACCAUCAGCAGAGUCUGCAAAUGUUGGACCCAGUUCCUAUCUGCAGAACAAAACUGCCGUGGCUCGCUCCCACAGCACGGACUCCGAAGACAACUACGUGCCCAUGAAUCCAGGGUCUUCCCUCCCGCAGAGCGCGGAGGGCUCCAGUGACAGCUCCCAGCACCUCUACAUCCCAAUGAGCCCUGGGCCACAUCACCUGGACCUGAUGGGCCACGCCUCGGCCACCUUCCCAGCGCAGAAAGGCGGCGGCAGCUCCCAGCCCUCCAGGCGGAUGAGUGAAAUCCAGCCCCCGCCCAUCAACCGCAACCUGAAACCAGAUCGAAAAGCUAAACCGACCCCCCUUGACCUAAGGGGCAAUUCAGUCAUUGAUGAACUGCCCUUUAAAUCGCCAGUCACAAAAUCGUGGUCUAGACCCGGCCAGACCUUCAAUUCCAACUUUUCUCAAUAUUGUCGUCCCACCUCUACACAAAGUAUCACCAGCACCGACUCAGGAGAUAGUGAAGAAAAUUAUGUGGCCAUGCAAAACCCAGUUUCUGCAUCUCCCAUUCCAAGUGGGAAAAGCAGUCCGGCCCAAAAGAAGAGCAGCACCAGUGUUGAUUACCUGGCUUUGGACUUUCAGCCGAGCUCACCUGGCCCUCACCGAAAGCCCUCCACAUCCUCUGUCGCUUCGGAUGAGAAAGUCGACUACGUGCAGGUGGACAAGGAGAAGACGCAAGCUUUGCAGAACACAAUGCAGGAGUGGACCGAUGUCCGGCAGUCGUCUGAGCCCAGCAAGACGGUGAAGCAGUAGCCAAGCCAGGGGCAUGCUAGAGAAACCACAGAGGCUUCUAGCAGUCAAGGAGGCCAUCCAUUUGCUUUACCUUCUCUUUGGAGAAGGUU